UGGCGCUUCUUUUCAGCCAAAAGGGAAAAAAAAAAUUUCUAGUGCAGAAAAGGGAACAAAAUAAAGAAGGGGGAAAAAAAGGAAAUUUCUUUUCAAUAGAUUUUACAAAUAUAUCGGGUAAAUCCAAAGAGCGGUACUAUUAAAUUUAAAGCCCCCCAAAAGAAUUCAACGGCGUAAUACUUAAGUUUUUUUUUUUAUAAAAAAAAAAGGUAAAUCAAAACCAAAUUGUUGCCGUUAAUUUUACCGCCAUGGCAAUGCGAAGACGAACCUUGCUCAAGGUCAUUGUUCUCGGCGAUAGCGCGGUGGGUAAGACGUCGUUGAUGAAUCAAUAUGUUCAUAAGAAGUUCAGUCAGCAAUAUAAAGCAACAAUAGGUGCUGAUUUUGUCACUAAGGAACUCCAGAUUGAAGAUCGCCUUCUCACUCUGCAAAUAUGGGAUACUGCAGGGCAGGAGCGGUUUCAGAGUCUCGGCGUUGCCUUCUAUAGGGGUGCAGAUUGUUGUGUGCUAGUUUAUGAUGUUAAUGUGAUGAAAUCAUUUGAUAGCCUUGAUAAUUGGCAUGAUGAGUUUCUUAAGCAGGCCAAUCCAACAGAUCCCAGGACGUUUCCCUUUAUGUUGCUUGGAAACAAAAUAGAUAUUGAUGGUGGUAAUAGUCGAGUGGUCUCCGAGAAGAAAGCAAAAGAUUGGUGUGCUUCAAAAGGAAACAUACCUUACUUUGAAACAUCAGCAAAAGAAGAUAUCAAUGUUGAUGCUGCAUUCCUUUCUAUUGCCAAAUCUGCUCUAGCAAAAGAGCGCGAGCAGGACAUAUAUUUCCAGGGCAUCCCAGAGGCCGUGACAGAGACCGAGCAAAGAAGUGGUUGUGCAUGUUGAUUACAAGCCAAACUCUAUGUUCUCUAGUUUUAUCAUUCUUGCCCAUUUUUUGGUAUACAUCGCAUUCUAAACUCCCAUGAUCAAAGCAUCAUUUGUCAUUGCUUUGUUUUGUUUUCGGUUGGUAGAGAUGAACUUUGCAGAGUUCCCGGUCAUUCUUCUUACGGUAGUGUACUGAUAAAAUGGUUCAGAUGGCAUUGAAGUUAGACAUGAAUAAGGCAUAUGACAGGAUUGAGUGAGAUUACCUAGAAGGAUUGAUUAAAUUAUGACAUAUGUGAUAGCGUUACAUAUUUGAUGGUUUUUAAUAUCGAGUAGCAUAGUAGGAUUGGUCCGACCAAAUCCAUUGUGCUUAGGCAAGGAGAUCCAGUGGCCUUAUUUACUCUAAGUUGAAGACAUGGAUGUUGUUUGUUGGACAAACAAGUGCUUAGGAAGGCCAUGCUAUUUUUAUUUCCACGAACGUUUAAAAUAAUGAAUGUAGCACGUGUUGCAGCAAAGUUUAAAUUUCCUGUUUUAAGUUAACUCUUGAUCUUGGAGGGUCCAUUUGGGUAAGAUUAAAAGUAACAGGGAUGAUGAGGCUAUUAGUUAGCUGUCGUGAUAUUCUAUACUGUAGCGGUGGAAAAUACAAUAGUUCUAAUGCAUUGGAUAACUUAUUUUUAUAUUUUUUUAUAAUAUUUAAGAUUUGUUUUAUA